GUUAAAUUAAUUCGCACACUCGUUUAAGGGUUUAUCUGUCUGUUCUAUUUGGCGCUAGUUUUAGAUCUUAUACAUUUAAAAUGUGACGAAACCAGAGCUUGUGAUCGCAAGCGUUAUGAAAAGAUGCUCUAAAAUCCGAGUGGAAUAAAGAAAGGAAAUCUUCCAGUUUCAAGGGCGUAUUUUAUACAGGAACCUGGAUCGUUAAAUUAUCGGCAAAGAGAGAUCUUUCUGUUUUAAAGAAAAUUAAGUGUUCUCACGGAGUAAACGUUUAUAGCAUUUAAGCUACUUUACAAUUAUUGUAUUUGUAAUUAUUCAUUUUGAGUUUUAAAGGAGAACGUGAAGAAAAGGCUCGCACUUCGUUCUUAUAAAGCAUAGGGGGCGAAUGCGCGUGCACGUAAAUGACUGGCAACACGACGUGCGCGUCAUUAAAAGCGACAAAUACCGAAGACGGCACAUGCCUAAAUAGUAAACUGUAUAGGCGUCGAGUGAGCCAACUUCAUCAAAUUACCCGGAGGGAGAAGAGAGAAACAAGAAGCUGCUGAUUUCUGUAAUGUCUGGAUGGAUGUGAAAGAGGAAGCAAUUAAAGCUGACAUAAAUAUGGAGAUAUGGAAGGCAAAGGUUAAAGAGGAGGACUGUGAAUGGGAGUCUGUCCACCUUAAACAGGAGAAUCCGGGCAUUUAAGGAGGAGGAAUGUGAACUGGGAUCAGUGGACAUUAAACAAGAGGCAGAGGAGAUGUCUGUCAGCAUUGAGACACACAAAAAUAAAAGUGUGGAGCGGGUCAAGGAAGACGACCUUCAUUAUGGAUGUCAAGAUGGAGUGAUGGCGGGGUCCGUCUCUUCUCAAAGCAGGCACUGUUCAUCUGUCAAUGUAAAGUCUGAAUCAUUGGAGGCUGACACAGAGGUGACUGAAAAAAAAUCAUCUAUUAGGAUUCAGGAAGAUCAGCCACCACCUACAGAACAGUCUGGUAAAAUUGACAAACCUCACUGCUGUUCUGAAUGUGACAAAGCAUUCUCAAAAAUUGCCUAUCUUCAGAGACACAAACGAAUUCACACAGGAGAGAAGCCAUAUUGCUGCUUGGAAUGUGGAAAGCGAUACUUUAGCAAGAGCUCUCUGCACAAACACAAAAGAAUUCACACAGGAGAGCCGCCAUAUUGCUGUUUGGAUUGUGGAAAGCGAUACUUCGACGAGAGUUCACUGCACAAACACAAAAGAAUUCACACAGGGGAGAAGCCGUAUUGCUGUUUGGAAUGUGGAAAGCGAUACUUUGACAAGAGUUCACUGCAGAGUCACAAAAGAAUUCACACAGGAGAGAAGCCGUAUUGCUGCUUAGAAUGUGGACAAGCAUUCUUACGUGCCUCCUAUCUUCAGAACCACAAAAGAAUUCAUACGGGAGAGAAGCCAUAUUCCUGUUCAGAAUGUGGCAAGGAAUUCACGCGUAAUACUAUUCUUCGGGUCCACAGAAGAAUUCACACUGGAGAGAAGCCAUAUUGCUGUUUGGAAUGUGGCAAACGAUUCCGCGACAUGGCCAGUCUUCGGAACCACACCAGUUUUCAUACCGGGAGGAAGCCAUAUUGCUGUUCUGAAUGUGGCAAAUGUUUUUUGCUUAACACACAUCUACAGGUCCACAAAAGAAUUCACACAGGAGAUGAGCCGUAUUGCUGUUUAGAAUGUGGCAAAACAUUCUCAUGUGUCACUGAUCUUCAGAGCCACCAAAUAAUUCAUACAGGAGAGAAACCGUAUUGCUGUUCAGAAUGUGGGCAGCAAUUCUCUAAGAAGAGCUCUCUUCAGAGACACAAAAGAAUUCACGCAAGAGAGAAGAAAAAAGAAUUCAAACAUUGUGGCAAGUCCCAUGACUCCGUCAGAUCUGGGAAUCUAAGCAGAGUUAAGGACCACGCCAUGAAGCUGACAACCUCCUGGAGCUUUAUCCACACUUCCACCGAACCCCUCCAGAUCCUUUUCAACAUAAGAGUAAUGGGUUACUGUCAACAUGAAGUAUCGAACCUGAUAGAGACACACAAAGCUGCUGAUUACUGUAAUGUCUGGAUGGAUGUGAAAGAAGAAACAAAUGAAGCUGACACAAAUAUCAUGGAGAUAUGGAGCACAAAUGUUAAAGGGGAGGACUGUGAAUGGGAGUGUGUCCACCCUAAACCGGAGAAGCUGGACAUUCUGGAUGAGGAAUGUGAACUGGGAUCAGUGGACAUUAAACAAGAGGCAGAAGAGAUGUCUGUCACCAUUGAGGCACACAGAAAUAAAAGUGUGGAGCGGGUCAAGGAAGACGACCUUCAUUAUGGAUGUCAAGAUGGAGUGAUGGCCGGGUUAGUCUCUUCUCAAAGCAGGCACUGUUCAUCUGUCAAUGUAAAGCCUGAAUCGUUAGAGUCUGACACAGAGAUGACUGAGAAAAAUCCAUCUGUUAGGACUGCAGAAGAUAAGCCACCACCUACAAAUCAUUCUGGUAAAAGUGACAAACCUCACUGCUGUUCUGAAUGUGGCAAACAAUUCCAUCAGAAGACCUCUCUUCAGAGCCACAAAAGAAUUCACACAGGAGAGAAACCCUUUUGCUGUUUGGAAUGUGGUAAACGAUUCUGUGACAAGAGUACUCUACAGAGACACACGAGAAUUCACACUAGAGACAAUCCAUACUGCUGUUUGGAAUGUGGCAAAGGAUUCUCAUGUGCUACCCAUCUUCAGCGCCACAAAAGAGUUCACACAGGAGAGAAGCCGUAUUCCUGUUUGGAAUGUGGCCAGAAAUUCUCUGAUAAGAGAACUCUUCAAGGCCACAAAAGAAUUCACACUGGAGAGAAGCCUUAUUGCUGCUCAGAAUGUGGCAAAGCAUUCUCACGUACCACCCAUCUUCAGAGCCACAAAAGAAUUCACACCGGAGAGAAACCAUACUGCUGUUCAGAAUGUGGCAAAUGUUUCUCACGUACCACCCAUCUUCAAAGCCACAAAAGAAUUCACACAGGAGAGAAGCCAUAUUGUUGUUUGGAAUGUGGCAAACGAUUCUGUGACCCGAGUGGUCUUCGUAGCCACACAAGUGUUCACACUGGAAAGAAGCCAUAUUCCUGUUCAGAAUGUGGCAAACAUUUUCGUGACAGGAGUGGUCUUCAGAGACAUGCUGGAGUUCACACCGGAGAGAAGCCAUAUUGCUGCUUGGAAUGUGGCAAACAAUUCCGUGACAGGAGUGGUCUGCAAAGACAUAUUGGAAUUCACACUGGAAGAAAUUCAGUCUGAGAUGUGGCAAAUGUGGAAAAAAAAAA